CAUAACAUCCGGCAGUGAAAUGGCUUCGCAACGUGACACGUCCACUAUUUGUAUUUUUGAUGUCGAUGGAACCCUCACGGCUCCAAGACUUAAAAUCUGCCCAGAUAUGGACGAAUUUCUCCAGAAAUUAAAGAGGAAAGUCCCCGUGGCUUUGGUAGGGGGUUCAGAUCUGGUCAAAAUAGAGGAACAGAUGACCCUCACAAAAAAUGAAACUGUCACUAAGAAGUUUGACUAUGUUUUCUCUGAAAAUGGUCUAGUUGCCUACCGUAAUGGUGAAAACGUUGGCCAACAGGAUCUUCUAAAAUAUGUAGGAGAAGAAAAGUUACAAAAAGUUAUCAAUUUUGCUAUGAAGUACAUGUCGGACAUCACGCUGCCAGCGAAAAGGGGAACAUUUUUUGAGUUUCGUAGUAGCAUGAUCAAUAUUUGUCCAGUUGGUAGAAGCUGUUCACAGGAGGAAAGACUCGAGUUUGCAGCUUAUGAUAAGGAGCACAAUAUGAGACAGAAGUUUCGGGCUGCCCUCAUGAAAGAGUUCCCUGAUGCGGGUUUAGUGUUUGCAAUUGGUGGCCAGAUCAGUAUUGAUGUCUACCCUGAAGGAUGGGACAAAACUUUCUGCCUUCAAUUCAUAGAGGAGGGAAAUUAUCAGACGAUACAUUUCUUUGGAGACAAAACAGACCCAGGCGGCAAUGACCACGAGAUUUUCAGUGAUUCACGGACAAUUGGACACAAAGUGACCAGUCCAGAAGACACUAUGAAACAGGUCAAAGAACUAUUCUUCAAAGACUGAUGUGUCCAGUACCAUUAUAAUUACAUAAUCACACACACCUUCGACACUUCGUCAGCGAAACAGGUCUCACCAGCAGGGAAAAUAUAGCUUCAUGUAGUAGAUUUGGGGAAAUAAUGUAGGGUUCUAAAUAAAUAAUGUAGUUCUUGUUUUCUUGGCAUGUGAUUUCAAAAUGUAAUGCAUGUUGCAUUUUCUGUGGUUUUUAUUUAUUUCAAAAAUAUUUAUUUUUUAAGCUAAUUUGAAAUGCAUAAUAUGCAGAUCUUAGUGUAUGUGUUAAUAUCAAAGAAAUUAUGGCAUUACGUCCAUAAAUAUUCUUUUUUCAGAAGAGUUGGCAUUUAUAUAAAACAUUGUAUCAUGUUUUCAUGAUGAAAUAUAGGAAAGGACCAAAACUGCCCAGAGAGUGCAUCGGGUAAUAAUAACAUAUUUACAGAGAUUAUGUCAUUACAACUACAUAUUGUAAUGUUGUGCAUGUGUACAAGAGUGUUGUGUUCAGAUACAACUGCUGAAUUUCUGUAUGUACAAAAGUUGUGUUUGUACUGGAGUGUUAGCUACAACUGGUUAAUUUCUGUAUGUACAAGAGUGUUGUGUUAGCUACAACUGGUUAAUUUCUGUAUGUACAAGAGUGUGGUUUACAACAGUGUUGUGUUAGCUACAACUGGUUAAUUUCUGUAUGUACAAGAGUUGUGUUUAUGUACAACUGGUCAAUUUCUUUAUGUACAUGAGUGUUGUGUUUGGUGCAACUGGUCAAUUUCUGUAUGUACAAGAGUGUUGUGUUUGCACACGAGUGGUGUACAUGAAAUGUAUUUUGGUACAUGUACAACCGGUCAAGAUGUUCUACAAAUCUUGAUUACCAUCUAAGCUUAUACUCUUCAGAUUUUUACUGAUUCACAUAAGAAACUAUCAGUGUUAAAAAACCUUUUUCAGAGUAACCUCAGUGAAAUGAAGUUACAACUCAUUGAUUUGGUUUUUGUCACAGACUCUACAAUUUAACAUUUAAUAUAUUAAACAUGUAUUUAGUAUUUUAUUGUGUAUCCUUGUCAGUCCCCACUCCAAUAUUCUGUAACAGGUACCAAAACAGUCCUAUACUACGGUAACUAUCAGGAAAUGUUAGGUUCCAGAAUUUUUCUUGUCAUGCGAAUUAUGAAGAUUAUGAUGAUGUUGAUAUUACCUGCUAUAUGUAUAUUUAUUUAUCUCAUUCCUGAGUAUGGAAUAUUUGUUUAUCACAUACUGCAUUUGUAUUUACAACACAAUCAAGGUUAAUGUACUUUUUCACACACAGUGAAAGAUAAUGGUAAAUUUAGAAUUUUUAAAGUAAUGUGAUAUUUAGGUUUUAUGUGAUGAAGAUGUAAUUGUUAUUUUUACAUUAAAUAGGUUAAGAAUGCAUUAUUUUCCAUCCUAACAAAAGAAAGAGCAUCCUUAAGGGAUACUAAAGGAUCUUUAGAACUAAAAAUAUUUAAAAACCUUAAAUACCAGUACAGUAUUGUAACGAUUUUGCUCUACUCUUGGUGGUAAAUAUCUCACAUUUCUUGAAUUUUCUUGAAUCUCAAAAAACACUGCUGUAGUUUGAUGUACAUGCAUAUCAAAACAGAGUGAGUUAAUGAAAAACAAAACAAAACAAGAAAAAGUCUAAAUUAUCAAAAUUAUAUUAACUGUGCAUGCAGAAAAGUAUUGUUCAUAAAGAAAAGAUUUGAGGAACAGUAGAUAAGUAUACCCUUGUUAACAUAUAGAACACAUUGUUCAUUUGAGAUAUGUUUGGUGUAAUAGGCCUCGGACUAAUGUUGCCACUCCUUAAAUUAAAGUGGCAAUAUUUUACACCACACUGUGGUAAAAGUGAUGGUAAUUAAUUAAAUUGUGUAAACUAUAGAAUCAUAUCUUCUUAACAAAACAAUGAAAAUAGCACAACAUUUUAAAAGAAAUAAUAACAGAUUGAGAUUGAAAUAGUUAUACAUGUGCAUUGUCAAUGAUAAAAAACAUUAAUUUUAUGGAAAUUAGAAAAGUAUUGCUUUUAAAACGUGUUUACUAUGGUCUUUGAGUUGUUGAAGGUUCUUUUGCCAUGUUUACUGAUGAUGUCAAGGUUUCACCACAUCUCAGAAUCGCUUUGUAGUUAGUGGUGCAAGGGAGGUAAUUGUUGUAAUGGAGGCAGUGUUGCCUCAGCCUUGUUUGGGGAAGUAUGUAAAAUGUGGGAUUAAAAAUCAGUUUGCAAUCAAUUAUUAAUAUGCAUUUUGUUUUGGAAGAUUUAUUUUUAUAAUACUUUAUCUGUUAAAUCUUAAUUAAAACAGAGUGACUUUA